UAUAUACAUUAUCCGAUGAUUGGGGUGGCGGAGGGUUGUUCCGGAAAAGUGGGAAUGGCAGGUGUGGGAGGCAGUGUGAGGAGCUGUACAUGCAGUCCUUCUUCUUUCUUUCUGAGGAAGGCACCUUCUCCAGUGAGAUUCAAAUUGAAAUUCAGAUUCAGAAUUAAUGCUCUUUUUGGGGAUUGGGGAUUAGGGAACAGAAAGAAUUCCCUCUCCUUCUCUUCCACUCAUCAACACCAAUUCACUUUCAGUUUGACAGACACAGACACAGUUCGAGUGUCGGUGUUGUCUUCCAUCUCUGACGUUUCUGCAAAGGAAUGGGAUGCAUGUGCUGUCGAUGCCAGUGGCCCUAACAGCUUCAAUCCUUUCCUCUCCCACGCCUUUCUCUCCGCCUUGGAACACUCUGCCUCCGCCGUCAGGGAAACUGGAUGGAUGCCACACCACAUAGUUGCCAAAGAUCAGACCAACAACAUUCUCGCCGUCGUCCCUCUCUAUCUUAAAACUCAUUCCUACGGUGAAUUUGUUUUUGAUCACUCUUGGGCCAAUGCUUACCAUUCAUACGGAUACAAAUAUUACCCCAAGUUGCAAUCUUGUGUGCCCUUCACCCCUGUGACCGGUUCAAGGAUCUUGCUUCGUAACACCUCCUUCAAAGAUCAAAUCUUUGACAUUAUUGUCUCUGCAAUGAAGGACAUCACUGCCAAUUCACAGCUUUCCUCGUUACAUGUUACUUUUCCCUCUGAGAAUGAGUGGCUUAAACUCACCCAAAAGGGCUUCCUGCCCAGGAUUGGAAUGCAGUACCACUGGAAAAACCGUAACUACAAAAAUUUUGAUGACUUCUUGAUGGACAUGAAGCAAAGUAAAAGAAAAAAUAUACGUCAAGAACGUAAAAAGAUCUCAGCCCAGAACUUGAUUAUGAAACGGCUUCGGGGUCAUGAAAUAAAGGCUAGGCACUGGGAUUCCUUCUACACUUUUUACAGGAACACAACUGAUAACAAAUGGGGGACUCCUCACUUGACAAGGGAAUUUUUCCAUGAGCUGGGAUCGAAAAUGGGAGAUAACGUGCUACUUGUCGUGGCUGAAGAAGGGGAUGAGUUAGUUGCUGGAGCCCUGAAUCUUAUCGGAGGAGACACUUUGUUUGGGCGCCUAUGGGGGUGUUUGCCACGAAGUUACUACCCAAGUUUACAUUUUGAAGCAUGCUAUUACCAGGCAAUCGAAGCAGCCAUCGAACUAAAUCUUAAAAAAGUAGAGGCCGGAGCUCAGGGUGAACACAAGAUUCAGCGGGGAUAUCUUCCUGUCACAACUUACAGCUGUCAUUACCUUAUUGAUGAAGAAUUUAGGGAAGCCAUCCAAGAUUUUCUGGAACGUGAAGCAUCUCAGGUGAAGCUUGUCAUAAAACUCUUGCAUGAUUCAGGACCUUUCAAGGAAGGAAUUGUGUAGAGAGGAAAAGGGAGGGUACAGGGUGUUGUAAAUAAGAACAUGAAUUAUAUAAUGUAAAAGUUUGACAUGUGUUUGAAAGAAGAAAUGAAAGAAGAAAUUGAAAGAAUAAGAGAA